AUGAAUUCUAAAAGCUCCUCCUAUUCUGCACCCAAAAGAGACUUCCUUGCGGCUGGCCAGGCUCUUGGCUUCGGAGCGUCGUCGAUACGCGAGUGCCGCUGCGCGCCAGGCGCCGCAAGGGGGGCCGGUUCCGCGGGCGGUGCCGGAGCUUGCGCGCCGCGCCAUCGCGGACGCGUGCGCCGUGGCUCCGUUUAUGAAAGGGAUUGUGUAUUCAUUCGCGCCGGGAGACUGCUUGAACGUGAAAUAUGCGAGUAGGAAUUUUUUCUCCAAAUAGUAGCCUGACGAUACUGCUAUGGUGCUAAGGACUCUUUUCGAUAUGGCCUGCGAGCUUUUAGUUCUGCGUCGAACAGGCACCAGCCAAC